AUGUCUUGCUUAGCUUCAUGCUGUGUAUCUCUGACAUGUGGGCUUUGUACCUCAGUGGCCUCAGGGAUCAGCAAGAAGUCAGCUAGAUUAGCUUACUGUGGCAUCUUCGGCUUGUCUUUGAUCAUUUCUUGGGUUAUCCGAGAAUUCGGUGCUCCCAUCUUACAGAAAUUCCCAUGGAUAAAUGAUUCGGAGGAUCAUUCAAAAGUAUGGUUCCAAAUGCAAGCAGUUCUCCGUGUCAGCUUGGGGAACUUCUUGUUUUUCGGGAUUCUUUCCCUGAUAAUGAUAGGCAUCAAAGAUCAAAAUGAUAAGCGUGAAUCCAUACACCACAGUGGAUGGCCUGUCAAGAUGAUGAUUUGGGUGUUACUCGUGGGCUUGAUGUUUUUUCUUCCGAAUGUCGUUAUAACAGUUUAUGGAUUCCUGUCAAAGUUUGGGGCAGGGUUGUUCUUAUUGGUUCAAGUUAUAAUAUUAUUAGACGCUACACAUUCAUGGAAUGAUGCUUGGGUUGCUAAAGAUGAGCAGAAGUGGUAUAUAGCUUUACUGGUGAUAUCUGUCGGAUGCUAUAUUGGAACUUAUGCAAUUUCAGGAAUUCUGUUCAUCUGGUUCAAUCCUUCUGGUUAUGACUGUGGUCUUAAUGUCUUCUUCCUUGUCAUGACCAUGAUUCUUGCUUUUGCCUUUGCUGUCAUUGCGUUGCAUCCGAAGGUAAAUGGUAGCCUCUUUCCGGCUUCUGUUAUCUCCAUUUAUUGUGCUUAUGUGUGCUAUACUGGUCUCUCUAGUGAACCUCGAGAUUACGUAUGCAAUGGUCUCCACAACAAAUCUAAAGCAGUGACAAUGAGUACUCUCUUUCUUGGGAUGCUUACAACUGUCCUCUCACUUAUGUAUUCUGCAUUUCGUGCUGGAUCUUCUACAACCUUUCUAUCCCCGCCAGAUUCGCCCAGAUCAGGUGGAAAGGCACCCCUUCUCAAGUCUGAUGAGUUGGAAGCCGGAAAAGAGAGUGCAGAAACUGCAGCGCCACCAGUUACUUACUCCUACUCAUUCUUCCAUCUUAUAUUUGCCCUUGCUUGCAUGUAUUCAGCUAUGCUUCUUUCGGGGUGGACUGAUAGUUCUGAGACCUCAGAUCUGAUUAAUGUUGGGUGGACGUCAGUUUGGGUUCGUAUCUGCACAGAAUGGGUAACUGCUGGGCUAUACAUCUGGUCCUUGGUGGCCCCUUUGAUCUUCCCUGAUCGUGAAUUUUACUAA